AUCGGCAUCCCGCGGGAGUUUUGGCAACUGAUAACAUACACAUACGAUUAAUAAUCGUGUUUGGAAACUGUUUAACCCGUUUGAAAGUGCGAUCAUUCUAAUUCGCUCACAUUCAACUCCGGCGUUCCGUACAUUGCGAGCCUUUUCAGAGUGGGCGAAUCUUGUACGAUUCAAGAUUGAAAUUUGACAGAAGGGAAAGAAUCCACAGUCGUCGUCAAAAUUCCAACCAACCAAAAUGCUCUCUACGCCAGUCAACCUCCCGAAGUGGCUCGAGGAGAAUUCCCAUCUCCUAAAACCGCCAGUCAACAACUAUUGCGUCUACAAUGAAGACUUCACCGUCAUGAUCGUCGGUGGUCCCAACGCCAGGACGGACUACCACAUUAACCAAACCCCGGAGUGGUUCUACCAGUACAAGGGCGCUAUGAUGCUGAAGGUCGUCGACGAUGGCAAGUUUAGGGAUAUCAUCAUUCGCGAGGGUGACAUGUUCUUGUUGCCGGGCAAUACGCCGCAUAACCCGGUACGCUUCGCCAACACUGUCGGCGUGGUACUCGAACAGAAGCGGCCUGAGGGCACGAUCGACCGGAUGCGCUGGUACUGUCAGGAGUGCAGUGAGAUCGUGCACGAAGCUGCCUUCCACUGCACGGAUCUGGGCACACAGAUCAAGGCCGCCAUCGAGAAGUUCAUGUCGAGCGAGGAGACAAGGAAGUGUAAGAAAUGCGGCGUGGUCGCCAAUUCUGUGCCGAAACCGGGGACUAUCAAAGAUCCGAACUUGGAGUAAAGGUCUGGUCGGCUGAAAUAAAUUAUAUAUCCAAUCUCAAUACAUGCUUUGGCUACCUACGCAGUCAGCUCCUAUCAUAGUCGAGUGACCUGGGUUUGCCAUCGCCCAUUCCUAGGGAUAGUGCAAGCCACGUCGGGCAUAUCCGAGUGGACAGAUGCGGAACUUUACUUACUUUCUCUUAUUUAGACGAUGACAGAUUUUAGAGAUAAUGAGUGAGUCAUAAUCAUCAGUGUAUAUAAUUUAUUCACGGAUGCCGAUGUCUCUAUCAACUAUAACUAGAGGGUCAUCUACUUACUUUCUUCGACAAGAUUCAAUUAAGGGGCAUGCUGUAUUAUGUCGGCAUUUUCAUUUAUAUUCUGGAAUGCUAAGUUUUUCUAUUUAAUCCAUCCUAUUGGUUGUGUUCGUACUUAGAUGUCAUUCCGACGCCUUUCAAAUAGAAAGUAAUAGUGAGUUUUAUAGCGCACGCACUACGUUCGACAAAAACAUACCAUUCUCUUCUUAAC